GUGUACUUACAUGUAUCAGCACUUAUCUAGGUGUACUUACAUGUACCAGCACUUAUCUAAAUGUACUUACAUGUACCAGCACUUAUCUAAAUGUACGUACAUGUAUCAGCACUUAUCUAGGUGUACUUACAUGUACCAGCACGUAUCUAGGUUUACUUACAUGUACAAGCAUUUAUCUAUGUGUACUUACAUGUACCAGUACUUAUCUAGGUGUACUUACAUGUAUCAGCACUUAUCUAGGUGUACUUACAUGUACCAGCACUUAUCUAGGUGUACUUACAUGUAUCAGCACUUAUCUAGGUGUACUUACAUGUACCAGCACUUGUCUAGGCGUACUUACAUGUACCAGCACUUGCCCAUCGAUGAAGCAAAGUAUGGCAUUCUUAACAGAGGCAAACAAAUUAUCUACGAUCCUGGCAAUUUUUUCAUCGUCGUGUCGAUAGAGCAGACAAUCAACUAG